UGUGUGGGGCAGCCUAUCCAGAGUCUGACGGACCAAUGAGAUCAAACCUAUGCGUAGCGUAGCCAGCACGAUUGACGUGGAGGACGCGUCAAAUUAAUCUGAGCUAAACUCCGGGCUGCGGGAUAAGACAAAUGUGUCCUUAACGGAUGAAGAUCACUCCGGUACCCGUUUUCUCUAUCCUUUCUCCCCACUUGACGCCGUGGGGUGUGACAUCGCUGCUGCUCCGCGAGGAAAACUUGGGGGCUCCGUCACUUUCUCGUUAACUUCCUUGCUACCCCCGGUGCAAUCGACAGAAACAGUGCAUUCAGCCAUUGAAGAGAAGCUAUUUCAAAGAAAGCAUCCCAGAACCACGGGCAAAUGGAGCAAACUUAUGGGGAGGUGAACCAGCUAGGCGGGGUGUUUGUCAAUGGCCGGCCGCUGCCCAACGCUAUACGGCUUCGGAUCGUGGAGCUUGCCCAGCUCGGGAUACGACCCUGUGACAUCAGUAGGCAACUCCGCGUCUCUCAUGGCUGUGUGAGCAAGAUUUUGGCGAGAUACAACGAAACCGGCUCGAUUUUACCUGGUGCUAUCGGUGGGAGCAAGCCCCGGGUAACCACGCCAAACGUGGUAAAACACAUAAGGGAAUACAAGCAGAGCGACCCAGGGAUUUUUGCAUGGGAAAUUAGAGACAGACUUCUUGCGGACGGAGUGUGUGACAAAUACAACGUGCCAUCCGUGAGCUCCAUUAGUAGGAUUUUACGCAACAAGAUUGGAACUUUGUCCCAGCCUAACCAGUACGAGACAGGCAAGCAAGCACCACCACAGCCCGGAAUUUCAUACAACCAUAUUUAUCCAUAUUCCUAUCCAAAUGCAAUGUCGCCCACUGGGACCAAAAUGGGUAACCAUGGUGUUCCUGUCACGGGUAUAUCACGGGCCUGGCCCUCAGCGCACACUGUCAGCAAUAUCCUUGGCAUCAGAGCCUUCAUGGACCCCGCAGCCAUCGCUAGUGCAGAAGGCUAUCCACCAAAAAUGGAAGACUGGGGAGGCGUCAACCGAGGGAGUUUUUCCACAGCGCAUGGAGUGAAUGGAAUAGACAAGUCAGCUGUCGAUGCGGACAUUAAAUAUCCUCAGCCUUCGUCGACGUUAUCCAGUUAUGUCGCUCCGUGUGCAUACUCUCCUUCAAACCAGUACGGCGUGUACAGUGGUCCAGCGGGCAGUUAUGUGUCUCCCGCGCAUCACUGGCAAACCCAGACCACGAGCCUGUCGCACGCGAGCAGCGGGAUGGCCAUGCACGCGGGUGACAUCCAUUCGUCAAUGGCAUUCAAGCAUGCUGCGCGCGACGGAGACCGUAAACCUCCCAGUCCCUUGAGCAAGCACGAGGCGUUGAACAGUAUACACGGACUCAGUCUUCCUACCUCAUCAUCAUAACACCCAGAAGCGCGAGGGGAAACACCACCCGUCACGUGCCGCGAAUAGCCAAUACCCACCCAAUUAAUUUCGUGCCUGUCAAGAUCUGGAACAGUAAGUCUACGCGUUAUUUCAAACGUGCCAGGAGUUUGUUGGAAGAAUGUAUCGAUUAGGCCGCCUUGUGUCAGGUUAAACAAUGUUUGUACUCUAACAGUUAGCCUACGUCUGAAGCUGAAUGUAAACUAUAUGGCAUGGAUGCUGUUGCCGCAGAGUUUUUGAACUACAGUUUUCGAAUCAGAUAGUCCAAAGCCAUGUCUACCUAAUAUUGCAGUCAUGAAACGUUUGUCACCAAUGAAGUUUCGCCAAUUUGUUGUUCCUUUUGGGGUUAUUUUGAUGACUAAUGGUAAAGAUGCCUGUGCGUAUUGCCAACCGAAAUAAAGGAAACGCAUGGCCUUGUACAGAUUCAGAGAGACUGCAUUCAACUCAAUGAUGUGAACAAGUUUUUAAUAUUAAAUGUAAAAUACUUGCAAAAGUUUUAAUUAUAUUUUUAUAAAUACGUAUGUAAAUAUGAUAAAUAAAGGCAUUGUAAAUAUGAAUUUGGUCACUGUGUUUAAAUGCAUUUGAAAGUUUGGGUAGGCUAGGAUUUGGAUAGCUCUAUGUCUUUUCAUGAGAUCCUUGUUUUUUUAACAAACAAAAUAUGACAAUGAGCAUCUGUGCUGUCUUGGGCAUGGUAUGUCAUUUCAUGAGAUCCGGGUUUUUUUACAACCAGAAUAUGGCAAUGAGAAUCUGUGCUGACUUGUGUAAUCUUGAUGGCUGUUUAAUGUACAUUGGUACACUGGCGUAGCUGGUUAAUGUGCAUUGGUAGGCUACACUGGCGUAUUUAGCUGAUCCAAGCAACAGAGUGAAUGUGUCAGAAUAUAUGAAUCGCCUGUUUGCUCGUGUAAUGAUGCAUCACAGUCUUGGCGCCUUGAGUGAUGCUAUCUGGUCGGCUGGACGGAUGCCCACUUGGUGCGCUAUCAAUAUUAACCAUCAUUUACACCGAAGUCUUUUUUGUUCAAAUGGCAAUUUAGAUCUAAUUGUGAUUGAAAUAUUUGAACCAUAACCUGCCUUGGUAAAACAUGUCGAAAGUAACCAUACGGCCAGGCCGCUGCUGUGUGCUUUACCAUUAUUCGCUUUGCUGUGGUCAGUUGGCGUUGGUUCUGAAAUAACAGCGAAUGCCUACCGGUCAAAUCAUUGGUUGGUCUGUGUCGUUGUCGAAAACGAAUUAGUACUGUGUGUAUGAACCGUGCUUGUUACAAAAAUGGCAAAAUGAGCAUAGGCUGUGGUUUCAAGCUUGUGUAUGCAUAUUAGCGCAUUGACAAUGUAGGGCCUAUCCUUCGAAUAUUAAAAGUGUUUAUAGCACAUCUUUGCAUUGAGGCUCUUUGGUCCAAAUGGCGGCAAUGCUAACGAAAUUGGUUGAAUAGCCUA